UGAGGGCUUCCCACACACACUCUCUCACACACUCCCCUCCGUCCGUCAGUCUCCACACACACUCCCGUCCAUCCAUCCCCACACACACACUCGCCCUGGUGCAGUGUGUGAGUGAUCAGUCAGAAGAAGAGCAGCUCACAGUCAUUGUCUGCCUGCCUGGCUUCUCUGCUCAGGCUGGAUCUGAUUCCUGACAGGGAGCGGCCAGCCAUCGCCCGGAGCAGGAAGAAGAGGCCACACAACGCUGAUUCAAUUUUACACUGGAGUCACCCAGAAACAAACCAACCGAUCCUUAACCACCCAGAGAAGAAAAAUAGAAGGGAAAAAAAAGACGAGGGGAAAAGAAGUGAUGGCUUUUGCCGACAUUGGAGAGGACCAGGAUGACCUAAAUGAAGUGAUGCGUGAGGAGAUGGAGGACGUCUUCAUCUAUGAUGGAGUGUCGUCCCGUGUCCCAGAGAUCAUGGCGGCUGGAACCCACUCCCCCGGGGGACCCAAUGGGAUCAUCCGGAGCCAGUCCUUCGCCGGCUUCAGCACGCUACAGGAAAGACGCUCGCGGUGUAACUCAUUCAUGGGGAACUCUGCGGUGCAGAAGAAGCCCACGUCCAAGCCUAAGAAGCCCCAUCUGUCAGGGCACAAGGCCAGCAGCGGCUCCAGAGAGCCCCAGCCCAAGAGGGUGGAGGAGGUGUACGGGGCCCUCAAACAAGGCCUGGAUGAGUAUCUGGAGGUAUACCAGACUGAGCUUGAUAAACUCACCUCUCUGAUGAAGGACAUGAAGAGGAACUCCAGACUGGUGAGACAGGAUGGAGUCCUGUACGAUCUUGACAAGCAAAUCAAAACCAUCGAGAGGUAUAUGAGGCGGUUGGAGUUUCAUAUGAGCAAGGUGGAUGAGUUGUAUGAGGUGUUCUGUAUCCAGAGGAUGCUGAGAGAGGGAGCCAGUAAGAUGAAGCAGGCCUUCUCUGCCUCUCCCUCCACAAAGGCCACCAGAGAGAGCAUAUUAGAGGUCAACCGCAGAUAUAAGGAGUACACAGAGAAUAUGAGCACGUUUGAGGUGGAGCUGGAGAACUUGUUGGGGGAAUUCCAUAUCAAAAUGAAAGGUCUUGCUGGCUUUGCUCGUCUGUGUUCAGGAGAUCAGUAUGAGAUCUUCAUGCGGUAUGGUCGUCAGCGCUGGAAGCUGAAAGGGAAGAUAGAGGUGAACUCCAGACAGAGUUGGGAUGGAGAAGAGAUGGUCUUCACGCCCCUCAUCACAGACCUCAUCAACAUCAAAGUUACCGAGCUGAAGGGUUUAGCCACUCACAUCCUAGUGGGCAGUGUGAUCUGUGAGACCAAGGACCUGUUCACGGCCAUGCCUCAGGUGGUGGCUGUCGAUGUCAACGACCUGGGAACAAUCAAACUCAAUCUGGAGGUCACAUGGUUUCCGUUCGAUGUGGAGGACCUGACUCUCUCUUCAGGCAAUGUGAGCAAGGCCACCGCCCUGCAGAGACGGGUGUCUGUCUACAGCCAGGGCACGCCAGAGACACCCACCUUCCAGGACCAGUCCUUCUUUUCCACCCUCCCUGAUGACGUCUUUGAGAAUGGUGGGUGUGGCAACUCUGAGUGCAAGCGCCUCUCCUUCACCUUUUCCGAUACGUCAGUCUCCUCCCUCAGCCCGAGCCUCGCCCCAGGCCAGUCCAACCCCGAAAUCACUGUCACACCGCCUGACAUGAACCAUUGGCCUCAAAUACCCCCCAGGGAAGACAAAGGAGUAGAAGAGAUGGUUCGGGUGCAUGCAGACGUAGUGGAAGAGGAGGGUGAGGAGGAAGAGGAGAGUGGUGACAGCGGCGGUAGCGUGAGUGUUAGUCUGGUCAGCGAGGAAGUGGAGUCAGAGUGGGAGAGGGCAGAGUUCCAGCUUAAUGUAGGUUCCUCCUCUCUCUGCUCCGAGAGCCAGUUGUCAGCUUUGGCUCCCGAGGAUGUGUUCCUGGACCACGAGGGGUCUGACAGGGAUGGAGAUGAGGACGACAGCUCAGAGCUGCUGAAGCCCGUGGAACUGGACACUGAAGCACCAGGCGGUUUGACCAGGCAACUGGUGAGGAGGCUGACGUCGUCCGACAUUCUGCCCGAGGUGGUGGGUCUGAGCUGGGCCGGGGAGGGAAGCAGGGCCUUCCUGGAGAGCAGCCUGGAAGAGGCCCUGCACAGCCUGCUGCUGAGGCUGGAAUCACUGGGACAACGCUGUAGAGAGAUGCAGGACCUGGAACAGGAAGUGAUGCGCCUGGAGGACCUGCUCAAGUGUCGUCUCCCGGGCCACAGGAGCAGGUCGUCCAGUCUCAGCCUGACGGUUGAGAGCGCUCUGGAGAGCUUUGACUUCCUCAACACCUCCGACUUCGACGACGAUGACACGGGUGAUGACCACGUCCUCCACCACUCUGUGUUCUUUGACAUGGAGGUGGAGAGGAUUGGGCCUGGAGGCCAGCACCCAGAGGCCAGGGGCCACCUGAGUGAAGCCCUGACGGAGGACACCGGGGUGGGCAACAGUGUGGCCGGCAGCCCCCUGCCUCUCACCACUGGCAAUGAGAAUCUGGACAUGGCCAUCGUCAUUCAUCUGCAGUACUGCGAUCAUCUCAUCCAGCUACUGUCCAGUGGAGGGAGCCCUUGGCAGCGUAGAGCCCAGCUCCAGAAGCUCUCAGCUCAGACUCAGCUGCUAGAGGAACUGGGAGAGAUCAGCACAGAAUGCCUGGGGAGCAUCACCUCGGCUGCUGACGUGCUCCCAGGGCUGGCAGAGCGGCCAGGGCUGAUGGCUCUGUGGUCAGAGUGUAGUGGUUCUGGAGGACAGUUUCACACUACGCUGGACCGGGUGCUUAAACACAUGCACCACAGCUACACCAGUCCACUGCAGGAGAGGCACCCACACACCACAGCUGAAACAGUGAUCUGGCUGGUGGUGAGUGAGAUGGUGGACAGGAGUGAACUGGCCUCCCCUCCUCCCUCGGCCCUGUCCCAAGACGUCCUCACAGUGUUCCAAUUCCACAGCUACGUCUCAGAGCACAGUGUUGGGGACAUGAAGGAACACCUACUGCAGGUGGCUAGAGAGGCUGUGUUUGCGGAAGGCCUAAGCAGCGGCGACUCGGAGCGUUGUCUAAAGGAAUUAGAAGAGGUGUCACACACCGGCCUGUGUCCCCAGUUGCAGACUCUCAGGGCCCUGGCCUCCCUCCUCUCCCACAAAGACCCCCAGCUCAGCAAGGCCGCAACUGCCUACAUCACUUCCGCUGCCUCUCACACACCCUUUAGGUCAAAGGCGGUGGACUGCUACACACAGUCCUUGUCGGAGGGGGGAGUUCUAACGCAAAGGUCUGCCUGCGCUGCUCUCAGUUGUCUACAGGCGGUAGAGAGUAUUCGAGCGGUGGUGUUGCUGUGUGACUCGGCAGACGAGGAGCUUCACCACAUUGCCAUAGAAACCCUGCUCACCUUGGGAGAGGAGGGGCGUCUGGCGUAUGAGCAGCUGGACACGGUGCCCAGGGAGCUGGUACAACUGGGGACACGGCGAGGGACCGCUGUCACCACCGCCUUCUAGGUCUAAUUAACUUAACCUAGGAGCAUCAUAACCACAGGAGGGGGACAACCCCCUCCCCCCCAACAGAACAACCUGUCCUGGCCUCCCUCCACUGCGCCUGAACAUUUGAAUGGACACAGCUAGGGGGAGGGGCCUGAUCAAAGCAGAGGAGUCCAACUCAUCAUCAAAGGGCCACAUGUCUCAUCCUUCUCAACAGACUGGUCUAAAUCCUAGCUGUCCACUGACCACCACUAUUAAGCAAUCUCUCACUGCACAGACAGAGCCUAUUUACUAUCAUAACUAUUAUUAUGAAUCUUAUUAUCACGGUUGUGUUUGACAUUGUUAUUAUCAGUAUCACAGUUAUGAUUGCUUUAUAUAACUGCUAUUAAUUAUUUGUUUUAGUAAGUGACGUUCACAUUAGUCGACGGCUAUUUGUACUUUGGAAUUGCACUGUGGCAGGCAUGUAAAUACCAUAGCACAGCAUUAAACUCUGUGUGAUAAUGAGUGACGCAUCGAAAUGGAUUGAGUUGGUGUUUUUCUGAUAUGCACCGUUGAGUUUCAGGGAUUUUACAGACAGUUUGAACACUUUCUGUCAGAGUGUGUCAUGGAUGAGAAGUCAGAAGACAGAUUCAGGUUGCUCAGGAGGAGGUAGUUAAGCAAUGUUCGCAAUCUCACGUCAUCAACAUGCAAAAAGAGGAAGACGGUGUCUUACCGGCCAGCAAUGUCCUCACUUCAUCAACAUGCACAACGUGGAGAUAAUUAUAUACUUGGACUGCUUAACAAACUCUUCUACCCACACAUGCCUGGGAUCUGCAUUCAGAGUGUGAUUGAAUGUCUGCUUGCUGGGAACUGAUUUGAGAUCAGUUGUUUAAGCUACUGGAGGAGAUUGAUCAGAAUCUAUUGUUUUGGAAGCAGGUUUGCCUCCAUGCAUGUGCCCAUUACUACAUGUACUGCUCUUUUAAUCCUAUUGGUACUAAUGCAGUCUAGGAGUAUGUGUUAGUUAGGUAAUGUUAGUGAGAAAUGAGAACGUAACUGCUCCAUAGCGGUACAGAUCAGAACCAAGGGGUUUGUAUAAGUUGGGAUGUUGCCGAGGCUAUAGUGCUCCGUAUAGCUUCUUAUGCCUAUUGUAACUAUACUACUGAGUCCGUGGCUUCUUUGCCACGACAACAAAACUUGUUUGUUUCUCAAACUAAUUUAUUUUCUUAUUUACACGUCACAUUUUGGAUUCUAAUAUUCUUUAAUUUGCAUGUACUUUUUUGAGUAAGCGAGUAGAAUGCAGAGAGUAGAAUGCAGAGAGUAGAAUGCAGAGAGUAGAAUGCAGAGAGCAGAAUGCAGAGAGCAGAAUGCAGAGAGCAGAAUGCAGAGAGCAGAAUGCAGAGAGCAGAAUGCAGAGAGCAGAAUGCAGAGAGCAGAAUGCAGAGAGCAGAAUGCAGAGAGCAGAAUGCAGAGAGCAGAAUGCAGAGAGCAGAAUGCAGAGAGCAGAAUACUAGUCAAAUAGUUUCUUUCUGCUUCUGGUUGACAUUUCAAAUAUUGGCCUCAAAUUCAUUUUGGGAAUGAUCUUGCUUACAUAAAAUGUAACUCAAAAUGUGAAUUUGUUUAGCUCUUUUGGAAUUUGUUUAUGCGUUUAAAGGAAAACCCACUCAAAAACUAUAUUUUGGGAGAGUAUCAAUAGUAGACUAAUGAAAACAAAUACCAAAAAGCUGUUUAAGUGGAUUCUGCCUUUAAGUAGAAUGACUGGCUGAUUAUUAUUUGGAGAGGAUUUGCCAAUAUCAUAUAGCUUUGGUCCAAAUGGGACAGUAGAUAUUAGAGAAUGUUACUUUAUUACGCAAGUGACUCAUAACCAAAGUAAAGCCUGAAUUUAAGAAGAUCAUCUUUUGUAAGAAUGAAUUCUGAACCUAUCUGCAACCUGGCCUCUACACCCAGACUCACCUGAAAAGCACAACAAUAUGAAUCAAUGUUAUCUAAAUGAUCAUCCCAAUCCUGCGACAUUGCAUCGGGUUCUAACUAAUUGCACACUCUCCAAAAGCCAUAGCGAUGAAAUAGGUGUAGUUAAGGCAGUAAUAUGUGUGAUAAUGUUACUUUUUUUCUUUUGUAUAUUAAAGCUGUAAGUGUGAGUCGUUCAAAUUGAAGCUUUUUGUUUUUCUAUGUCAAAGUGGCCUUGUGUUCGCUGAACAUGGUCUAUAUUGAGUAACAAUGCCUGUUUCUCCCAUGAUGUGAAUAACAUUACAGUAUUUUAGUAAGAUGAUACUAGUUACUUCAAGGACUAAUUCUAACAACAUCCUUGUUGUUUUUUCUCUCCACGAGGCCUCUUUCUUUCUACUAAACAUGACCAGUGUUGUGAAUUGACAUUUUGCUUCAAUUCAAAUCCAAGUCAUCAGAUUAAAGACGUAAAUCAAAUAAUUCAACGUUGUUUAAUAUUCAUCAUAUUUUAUAUAACCACACAUGAUUUGCAUUAUAUCUUUACAUUAUGGUAAACCUUGGAAUUGAACAGAAAGCACACAAAGGUCAUGUCACAUAGCUUCAGUAGACUGCAUUACAUUAUUUUCUCCUAUUGGUUUACAGUAUUUCUCCUGCUCAAUGAAAGUGGCAAUAAAGUUUAUUUUUGCAUAAUUCUGAAAA